UAGUCCAUGGAAUCCAGAUAUCUGGUCAAAUACUAGUCUAAACGUCACUGUGAAGAUACUUUCCAGAUGAUACUAACAUUUAAAUCAGUAGACUUUGAGCAAAGCCAAUUUCCUUUCUUUGUGUGGGUGGGCCUCAUCUAAUCAGUGGAAGGCCUUAAGAGACAAAAGACCAAGAUUGCCAGAAGAAGAGAGAAUUCUGCUAGCAGACUGCUUUUGGACUCAAGCUGCAACAUUGCUUUUUCUCUGGGUCUCCAGUCUACCAGCCCACCCUGCAGACUUUGGAUUUGCCAGCUUCCACAGUUCUGAGCUCUCAGAACAAUCCAUAUGGCUGGAAUCUUGAGCACGGUUCGCGAUAGUCCCCGGGAGAAAUGAAGACCAGAGGAGGACCAGCAGCCAGAGGCAGACACGCUCUCCAGGAGACAAAUGAGCGGGGCUGGAGCUAUGUUAGACCAGCCAAGGGUAGCCUCUGCAUUAGAGCCUCAGUGACCAUCCCAGGAAGAAUGAAAUGUAAAAUCUAUCCAUUAAUUGCAGUCAAAACACAUUUCUGGAGUUGGAUUUCAGCCACGCCCCCAUGACUGUCCAUGAGAUUCCUAGAGGGGCUGUCCAUGUGCUGUGUUAGGUAGGGUCCACAGCAGACUACAACCGUCCUCGGAACUGUUGCUUCCUACCUCCCUGAUUGCAACUUCCUAACUUGGAAUGUGAGCCGUCUGCCCUAACGCAUGGCUUGCAGUCAGGGGUCUCAGUUGCACGUGGCUCACAAAAGCAGAUAUGCAUAAUAAAUACUUCUAUUUUUCGGUAACUGUAAUUAUUGUUUUGAGUCCCCAUCCACAUAAAUGGGAGAAAUUUAACUGUUGCCGAUUAAGGAUUCCCAUCUUUUACUCUGAGGCUCAUGCCUAAGCUUGACAGCCCAAGGCCCCAUCUCAUCCCGGUGGCAUCCCCCCUCGGGCACGCUCUGAAACAUCUGUCUCUCGUCUGGUCGUUGGUUGUCCUUCUAUGCAGCCCUCUAUGGAGACACUCGGAUUCCUAGCCACAUGGCCCCGCAGGUGUGGGGCUUUCCCUGAUACUUGUGUGCCACUCUGGUCUCUUAGGAGUUAUUCUCCUUCCUUCCAAGACAUGCUUUCUUUUGCAGAGUGUUUUUGUCUCCUUGUAGCUCUAGCCAGGAAACAGGCCCAUUUUAUUGGGGAUCCCAGAAACCACCCGCAGGAUCCCUGGGAACAAGUGAGGAGUGGGGUUUGUAACUUUCCCUUUGAACACUUACCCUCUCAGAGGUUGGGAAUGACUGGCUCAAACUCACAAAGAGCAUCCUCCCAAGUCCUUUGUCUCUACCAUGCAUCUUUUGACAUCCUUCCUAUGAGCGCAGAGUGGGGCAAGGACCAAUCCUGAGUGGGGAGGGAAUUGCUGAGGGAAAAAGUGGUGUUGCAAAAAUAUUAUAUCGCAUCACAGUUGAGAGUGGAACCAUGGGAACACAGAGAGUAGGUUGUCUCUAAAGAAAAGUUAUCCCAAGAAAACAAGGAAAAAGGGAAAGAACUGAGAGAUGGAUUGGAACACCAGUUUAUCAGAAAACCCGUGACCAUUCCUAGCUUUGGACCCUCCCCCUUAGGUUUGCUUGAUGGGAAUUUUCACGAGUGAGGUAUGUUGCUAUUUUGCUACUUUAUAUAUAAUGAUCAAAAUAUGCCAGAUUUCUAACACAUAAAUGGAUUUUGAAACUCAAUAAAUUUUCUAAUACAUGAAUGAGUGAUUAAAAAAGCCACGGACAUAACUGGAUAUAUGAAAGCAGCACAGGGUUAGAUGAGCAGAAGGAGCUUCACAAACGUUACUAUUUGAAAGAUUAAAAGUUAAUUUCAGGAAUUCACAAAAGGAAAACAUAAAAAUAAAUAAAUAAAAAAUAAAUAAAAAUUAAUGUGAUAUUUUCUUUUGCUCAAGUGGUCGUCAAUAAUUCUGAGGACAAAUAUGUAUAAAUUAGGGAACUUAUUUCAUUAACAGGUCUCAGCCAGGCACUUAACUACUGAAUGUUGACUCAGGGGGAAAAAAAAAGCCAACAAACAAGGCUGCAGAGCUGUGUUCAGGAUACUGGACUUUAACUCUCUGACUGCAGAUGAUACUACUACAGCGAGCUGACCUGCAAGAUGGAUCUUUGAGAUCAAAGGCUACAAAUUAUGAUGUUUGCCUUUUAAGAAGUAAAUGCUACUCUGACUUUCUUAGUUUGCACAUUUCAACUGGAAGCCACAACAUGGAUUCAUGGUAUCUGCCUUGGUUUCUGUUCUUUGCCAUUCUCUUCCUGGUUCCUGGCUUGCCAACUCCAGAAAACUUUGUUAAAGAUGUAGAUGGUGGAAUUGAUCAAGAUAUAUUUGAUAUCAAUGAAGAAUUGGGGCUGGAUCUAUUUGAGGGAGACAUCAGACUUGAUGAGGCACAAGAUAGAAAUUCCAUCAUCGGAGAAAAAUACAGAUGGCCUCAUACCAUCCCAUAUGUUCUAGAAGAUAGCUUGGAAAUGAAUGCUAAGGGAGUUAUCCUUAACGCAUUUGAACGCUAUCGCCUAAAAACAUGCAUUGACUUCAAGCCUUGGACUGGAGAAGCUAACUAUAUAUCAGUGUUCAAGGGCAGUGGCUGCUGGUCUUCAGUGGGCAACAUGCAUGUUGGGAAGCAAGAACUCUCCAUCGGGGAGAACUGUGACAGAAUAGCGACAGUUCAACAUGAGUUCCUCCACGCCCUGGGGUUCUGGCAUGAGCAGUCUCGUUCCGAUCGGGAUGACUACGUCAUGAUAAUGUGGGACAGGAUUCUGUCAGGCAGAGAGCACAAUUUUAACACCUACGAUGACCAAGAAUCAGACUCCUUGAAUGUUCCCUAUGAUUACACGUCAGUAAUGCACUACAGUAAGACGGCUUUCCAAAAUGGAACAGAACCAACAAUUGUAACACGAAUCUCAGACUUCAUGGAUGUGAUCGGCCAGCGAAUGGAUUUCAGCAACUAUGAUCUCUUAAAGUUGAAUCGACUGUAUAAUUGCUCCUCUUCCUUGAGCUUUCUGGACUCGUGCAACUUUGAACUGGAAAACGUGUGCGGUAUGAUUCAAAGUUCAGGUGAUAGUGCUGACUGGCAACGGACUUCCCAGGUCCCCAGGGGCCCAGAGAGCGAUCACUCCAACAUGGGCCAGUGCAAAGGUUCUGGUUUCUUCAUGCAUUUCAACAGUAGCUCUGUCAGUGUGGGGGCCACAGCAGUACUGGAAAGUAGAACAUUCUACCCUAAAAGAGGAUUUCAGUGCUUGCAGUUUUAUUUAUAUAACAGUGGAAGUGAAAACGACCAACUGAACAUCUACAUCAGGGAGUAUUCCGCAGACAACGUGAAUGGUACUCUAAUGCUUGUGGAAGAAAUAAAAGAUAUACCCAUUGGAAGCUGGCAACUUUACCAUGUGACAUUGAAAGUGACCAACAAAUUUAGAGUGGUGUUUGGAGGGGUCAGAGGCACUGGUGCAUCAUUGGGUGGCCUGUCUCUUGAUGACAUCAAUCUUUCAGAAACACAGUGCCCUCAUCAUAUCUGGCAUAUAAAGAAUUUCACACAGAUUAUUGGCAGCUCGAAUGAAACUAUAUAUAGCCCUCCAUUUUAUUCUUCUAAAGGUUAUGCCUUCCAGAUUCAGUUGAAUCUGAAUCAUUCGACUAACGCAGGAAUAUAUUUCCACUUGAUCUCUGGAGCCAAUGAUGAUCAAUUACAAUGGCCAUGUCCUUGGCAACAAGCCACGAUGACACUCUUGGAUCAAAAUCCUGACAUUCGACAGCGUAUGUCCAACCAGCGGAGUAUAACUACAGACCCAUUUAUGACCACCGAUAAUGGAAACUAUUUUUGGGACAGGCCAUCCAAAGUGGGAUUAGUGGCUUUUUUCCCUAAUGGAACGGAGUUUAGAAGAGGUAUGGGCUUUGGAACUGCUGCCUUUAUAACCUACAAGAGGCUGAAAAGCAGAGAUUUUAUAAAAGGAGAUGAUGUUUAUAUCCUACUGACCGUGGAAGACAUAUCCCACCUUAAUUCUACACAAAUUCCACCAAUCCCAACCGCUAACAUCAAUGACCUCUGCACAAACUUCACAUGUGAGAACGACGGCAUCUGCGUUGUCCGAAAUGGCAAGGCCGAGUGCAGGUGUCUGUCAGGGGAAGACUGGUGGUUCCUGGGCGAAAGGUGUGAGAGGAGAGGCUCCACCCAGGAUACCAUUGUCAUCGCUGCAUCUUCUACUGUUGCUGUGUUUGUCCUGAUGCUGAUAGUCACCCUCGUCAGUGUCUAUUGUACCAGGAAGAGAUAUCGUAGGAGGACAACUUCAAAUACAACAGACAUGACUCUGGAAAAUCAGCAUGCAUUUUGAAGAUUAACUCAACAAUAUGGCCAGCAAAUGAAAUUACAAAGGAUUCUUCAUCAUGGAUUUCACCUAGAAUAUAUUACAACUGCCUUGUUCUUCUGUAAAUGGGUCUUCUCUGUAAAUAGCUGGACAUACUAUAAAUCACUAUUUUGUUAAAAGUCUAA